AGCACAGUUUUCGAGGAAACCUUCUCGUGCAUCAACAUAGAUCAUCCUUGGUCAUCUUAACAUCUUAUCCUCGAAAUUGUCAAUAACUAAAAAGAUAUAUCAUAUAUAUCGUAAAAAUGGCUGUUGUUUAUGGUGCAACCAUUGUCCUAGUUUUAUCGUUUCUGACAACUAACGUGUUGUGUCAGACCUUUCAAUAUAGUCAAGGAUGGACGAACGGUAAACGCACACCCACGGAAGUUAAUUCUCAAUUGUUAUAUCCGGCUUCAUCCUGGAUGAAAAAUAAUUUAGAUUCGCAAUUCGACAAUUUUUCACCGCAACCACGUAAUAAUGAUCUACAACGAAUGAAAUUAUUCCAUCAAGGAAAUGUUAACGAAGCUCUCUGUCUGCUACCUUGCGAGACAAGCACGUCGAGAAAAAAUCUCCGAGAAAAUCAGCAAAGAAAAGGAUUCAAUUUCGAGGGUGCUAAUAAUAUUUAUCAAAUGUAAUUAAUCAAAAUGUGUCACGAAAUUUACGAAUAGAAAUAAUCAUUAAUCAAUCUUUCAAAUAUUAAUAUAUCUAUCAGCAAACAAAACAAAAAAAAAAGUCGAUAAUAAAUUAAAAGUAUAUUCAAA